CUCACCACCGCUACCAACACAACACCGUCACCUUUAACUUUAUCAACUUUAUCAACAAACAUGACCCUCUUCUACCCAGCCGAAACGGCUCCCCACAAAGCCACCAUCCUCGGCUUCCCGUCUACCCACGCCGUGCCAAGGGACCUGCUCAAUCAAACCCGCAAUGAGAUCAUGGAUCUUGCAGUUGUUAUCUCGGAGUUUGAACCUGUGCGUGUGUACAUACGCCCCGAGGAUGAAAGUCUCGCUAGACAGAUCUUGAAUGAACGAACCAAAGACAAAGGCAAAGAACAGGAUAUACCACAAUACCAACUCUCCCGCAUAACCUUCCACCUCACCCCCACAAACCACCCCUGGGUCCGCGACACAGGCCCAGUCUACGUCCUCGACAAAGCAAACCCCACCCGCCGCAUCGCCAUCGACUUCGGCUUUUGCGAAUGGGGCGGCAAGAACCUCCGCGAGGUAGACGUGCGCAACGAACCACUUGGCCAAGAAUCCGACGGACAAGCCGAUGAGCGCUCACCAGUCUCCAGAAAAGGCUACGCGGCACCUGAUAAUCGGCACUGGGAGAAUGCGCGGUUUGCAAAGAGGGUCCUGGAACGGGAGUUUGAUCUCGAUGAGCAGGAGAUGGAUAACGGAACGAAGGUGGAAAGGGUUGUGUCGCCGCUUCGUCUUGAAGGGGGUGCUCUUGAGGUUGAUGGUGAGGGGACUUUCCUGGCAACGGAGAGUUCGAUUAUUUGUCCGCAUCGCAAUCCUUCGAGUGCUCUCAACACUAGGGAGGCUGUUGAGUCGCACCUGCGCGCUCUGCUGGGGGUUAGCAAGAUCAUUUGGUUCCCUGGGCGGACGGGGUUGGAUAUCACGGAUUGUCAUGUUGAUGGAGAGGUGAAGUUCAUUAAGCCGGGGGUUGUGGUGCAGAACAAGCCGCAUCCGAAGACCGGGAAGGCGGAAACGGAGAUUUACAAGGAAAUCAAGGACAUUCUGGGACGGGAGACGGACGCGCAGGGACGGAAGAUUAGGGUUGUGGAGCUUGAGGCGGCGGAUCCGGAUCUGGUGGAAAAGGAGCAGGAGGAGGCGGCAGGGACGUAUGUCAACUUUUACUUUGUGAACGGGGGACUGAUUUUGCCUGCGUUUGGGGAUGAGAAGCGGGAUCGAAAGGCUGUUGAGACGCUGCGUGGGAUCGUUUCGCCGGAGCGCAAGAUUCGACAGGUUUAUUUCUCUGCUUUGCCUCUCAUGGGGGGUGUGGUGCAUUGUGUGACUCAACAGGUU